UUCUCCUCCCGACCGCUCCUUCCCUGGCCUCCAGCCCCUCGUGGGAAACAAUCCCUGGCCUGCCGGUCCACGCGGCGAGGGAGCUGCGGUAUCCUGAAGCCAUCGAAGGCUGUGUGACGGUGGAAGGUCUGGGACAAAUUUAAGAAGAGAGAGGUGAGCUGGAGCUGAGAGGGGUGGGCACGCAGGCUACGCAGGAAAUGUCACCUCUUUGGAGAGUUUGUGAGGCCGUGGUCACGAAUGAAAGGCUCACCAGCCAUAGCUAAGGGAAUUCUGUCAUUACCCCUCCCUAAACACCCCCUUCUCCCGUCAUUCUUCGUUCACUCUUUGCAGAGGUGAGCUGCCCUCAAUGUCCCAUUGUUGAUGGCAUUUAGAGAGAUGCUGAGGUUCCCGUUCUCCUGGCCUUACAGAUGCACAGGAUGGUGGUGCAGGCGGGUCCUUUUUGAGUUAUCCGUUUUGACCUUACUUGAAAGAUUAAGAAAAAAAUUGAGUCUGAGAAGGUGACUGGCUCGCGCAAUUGGUUAGUGUCAGAACCAAGAUUAGAAGUCAGGUCUGCAGAUUCCUGGGCUACUGCCCGUUUUGUCACUGUUAGGUCAAAGUUAGUAUGUUAUUAAAAGAUCAUUUUGAAAAUUGUAAGCAAGUUAGAACAAACAUUUCAAAAAAUGUAUCUUGCCUUAAAUACCCCCAUCCCUUUUUUCAGAGGUUAUCUGACCUCAUAGGAUUAAGGGUGUUAGCAGAACCUAAAUUGGUAAUAAAUCAGUAAGAGACAAAUGUUUACAUUCACUCAGUGAAAAGUAUCAUGUCUAAGCUCAACAUAUAUCGGAGCCACACAUGGACAUCUCUCCUUCCUCCACUAAGAGCGGAAAAUGAACAAAGCCCAGGAACAAGUGUCAUUCAAAGAUGUAUGUGUGGACUUCACCCAGGAAGAGUGGUGUUUGCUGGAUCCUGCUCAGAAGAUAUUAUACAGAGAUGUGAUCCUGGAAAAUUAUAGCCACCUUGUCUCAGUAGGAUAUUGCAUUUCUAAGCCAGAAGUAAUUUUCAAGAUAGAGCAAGGAGAAGAGCCCUGGACAUUAGAGGAAGGAUUUCCAAACCAGUGUCGCCCAGAAGACUGGAAAGUUGAUGACCUGAUAGAGAGCAGCCAGGAAAAUCAAGAUGAACAUUUUUGGCAACUUGCUUUCACCACCAACAAAACAUUAAGUACAGAUAGUGGUGAUAGAGUAAGGAAAAGUUUCAAUCUGGGUACAGACUCUGUUCCAUCAAGAAAUUUUCCACAUAAGUUAUGUGACUCAUGUGAAAUGAGUUUGAAAAAUAUUUCAGGCUUAAUUAUUAGUAGAAAGAACUAUUCUGGAAAGAAGCCUGAAGAGUUUAAUGUAUAUGAGAAGUUGCAUCUUGAUAUUAGGCAUGAGAAAAUUCCUACUGGAGGGAAAUCUUACAAAUAUAAUCAAAAAAGGAAUGUCCUCAGUCAUAGCCAGGCUCUCUCUCAGUCAAUUUUUCACCAGCCUUUUGAGUAUAAUGAAAAUGGACAAGGCUUCCAUGAGGAGGCAGCCUUUUUCACAAACAAGAGAACUCAGAUAGGAGAGACACUCUGUAAAUAUAAUGAGUGUGGAAGAACCUUCAUCCAAAGUUUAAAGCUCAAUUUGUCUCAGAGAACUCAUUUGGAAAUGGAGCCAUAUGAAUGCAGUAUUUGUGGGAAGUCUUUCUAUAUGGAUUUAAGAUUGGGACAUCAGAGAGCUCUUACAGGGGAGAAUCCUUAUGAAUAUAAUGGAUAUGGGCAAAUCUUCUGUGACAAUUCAACUUUCAUUAUCCAUCAGGGAACUUACACAAGAAAGAUUCCCCAUGAAUAUAAAGUAAGUCACAAAAUGUGGGAAAAGUCAGCCCUCUUUAAACAUCAGGUAGUACACUUGGGGGAGAAACCUUAUGAGCAUAAUGAAAAUGGAAGUAACUUCAACAAGAAAUCACAUCUCACGCAGCUUCGAAGAGGUCACUCAGGAGAAAAAACCUUUGAAUGUGGUGAAUGUGGGAAAACAUUCUGGGAGAAGUCAAACCUCACUCAACAUCAGAGAACACACACAGGAGAGAAACCCUAUGAAUGUACUGAAUGUGGGAAAUCCUUUUGUCAGAAACCACAUCUUACGAACCAUCAGCGAACACAUACAGGAGAAAAACCCUAUGAAUGUAAGCAAUGUGGAAAAACGUUCUGUGUGAAGUCAAACCUCACUGAACAUCAGAGAACACACACAGGGGAGAAACCCUAUGAAUGCAAUGCAUGUGGAAAAUCCUUCUGUCACAGGUCAGCCCUAACUGUACAUCAGAGAACACACACAGGAGAGAAACCCUUUAUAUGUAAUGAAUGUGGGAAAUCCUUCUGUGUGAAGUCAAACCUCAUUGUACAUCAAAGAACUCACACAGGGGAGAAACCCUAUAAAUGUAAUGAGUGUGGGAAAACCUUCUGUGAGAAAUCAGCUCUCACUAAACAUCAAAGAACUCACACAGGGGAGAAACCCUAUGAGUGUAAUGGAUGUGGGAAAACCUUUAGUCAGAGGUCAGUACUCACUAAACAUCAGAGAAUUCACACAAGGGUGAAAGCUCUUUCAGCAUCCUGAAUGUUCAAAAGCCUUCAUCUACCCUUUCAAAUUUGUUAUACAUAGUUUUAAAAAAUGAGAUUACUGAAACCCAAAGAAUGCCACAAAUGACUAGAAAGUGAAUGUCUCAUUGUACUUCAGAUAAUUAAUACUAGAAUAAAACCAUAUUAAUGUUUUGAACAUGUGAAAGCUUUCAAGAAAAAUUAAAACUUUUCAUCAUAAAAUUUGUGCUGAGGGAAAAUUUAUUCAUUUAAGUAGUGGGGUAAAAAUCUUUAUCUAGGAUUUAUGUGGUGUAGUGGAUAUGAUACCAAAAUUUUAUUGUAAAUAUAAUGGAUAAUAUUCCUUUAUACCCAUAUUCACAGUGGAAUCUGAAGCUUAAAAAAAUGACAACAGCAUUAAACAUUUAUGUGAAGAGUCCCUGAUGUUUGCAGGCCUUAUGUGAGUAUGCUAAUAUAACAGAAAUUUGAGGUAUGCUUGAUUUCUGUAUUGGGGCCCAAUAUACUUGUGAAGAGAAAAUAUGAACCCUUAGUUAAAUAACUAUUAUGGUCUAUAUUAAUAUUUCCCAAACUAAAUACCACCAGUGUCUUUAUAGGUUGACAUAAUUAUAUAUGUAUAUAUAUGUAUAUGUAUGUAAAUAUGUUCAUACACACAUACAGUGGUGUGCUAGCGUAAGCUCCUACUGGCUUCCAAGUACUGCUGAUUGUUACAUUUUCAGGAAUUUUGUGAGCCAGUUGUUAAACAUAGUCAUUAUUUAAAAAUUAUAUAAACUUACAGUUAAAUCGUAUUAAAAACAAAGGUAGUAAAUACUCAACAGUCAUCACUUCCUAAUUAUUUUAUGACAUUUUGCUAUUAUCUUUGUUCUUUAGGUUACUUGUAGUAUUGAACCUGCAUGGUGAAAGUACUGUAUAAUGGUGUGCCACUGCACAUCUGUUCCCAACUCUGCAUUCAGUGCCAUCAUGCUGAUAGCUUGGCUUUAGUGGGAGUAUUUACACCAUGGAAAUUGGCAAACUCUACAAAUCAGGGUUUUUAUUUUUUCGGAGAACCUGUUGUCACAUAUUUUCAGUAGCACACCACUGUGUAUAUAUGAAAAUAUAUUUGGAAAAUUUUAAGUACAAACUACAUACCCCUUCUCCUAUUUCCUGGCAUAAAUAAAUGGUUAUGGCCAGUUAUUACUGAACUGUCUCGUCAGUAAAGAAGCCAAAUAUGUGUUAUUGAGGUUUUUAACUACCUCUGCAUCAGUCCUAUUCUAAAUAUCACCAGAGUCUCUUUAUAGUGUGGCCAGUAUGUGUUAUUUUACAACCACAUCACCUACCUUUUCUCUGACUCAGCUGGCAUAUUUGAACAAGUAUGGCCAUUAUUACUGAACUACCACUUCCAUAAAAAAGCCAAACAAUAUUUUUCUGAGGUUUUUCAGCUAUCUCUGGGUCAGUCAAUAAUGUAAAUGCUGUUAGUAACAACGAUAUUUACAUAAAUUUUGCAAAGGUUAACAUCAGUUAUGAACAGUAAUACUCACUGCACUCUACAAAUAAGAAGUAGUAGUGUGUAAUGAAAUGCCUUUUCCAUAUGCUUGGUAUUUCAUUGCUGUAUCUAUUUAGGCAUGAUAGAUGUAACCUGAGUUGUAUGUAACCCAGGAACUAUGUAUUUAUAUUUAAUUUAAUAGAGUAUCAUAUUCUGUCUCUGUCUCCUUUGUCCUACUGUGUCCUCUGCUUCUUUGGAACACAUUGAUAAGCAGUUCCAAGAGACACUGCCCACGCAACAGACAUUCCCUACUACUUAUGUGCUGGGCUCUGUUUUGUCUCUUUGUCUAUCCUUCCCCCAGAUGAUUUAGGGGUAAAUCCAGAUUAGUCGAAGUUAGUCAUGAAGAUUCUAUUCUACUGAUUUUGUUGGGGUGGACACGUGAGCAGUGAGAUGUUUGGAAAAUAUUCUGCAGUGCUUCUGGCAGCAAUCUCAGUGAUAAAAUAUUGUCAUAACGUGAGAAGCAAUUGUUUCUCUUCUGCUGGACUUUUUCGUGUCUGUAUGUUAUAGCAGAUUAUAGCUUGUGGCCCUGAUGGGCAAUAGCCUGAAGAUAACAGUACACAAGAUGGGAAAAGCCCGGCUCAGAGGUGGUGCCACUGAGCUGCACAGCUCUAUCUGGACCUGCUCUCUACUGUGACUUUGUAUUACUGUGUUAAUAGUGGUUUCUUACUUAUUCUUAGGGCUGUUAUUUAGAGCUGAAGGCAUUCCCUCGAUACAGACUAAUUCUUUUCUAAGUGUUAAUGUUCUAUAUAGCAAUUUUGGAAAAAAAUUAUUUCUUUUAACAAGUUAAUAUAGGGAUGCCUAUUUGUAUCAGCCAUGGUUCUAGUGAAAAACAGAAUUCUGCUCCAACUAAGAAGAUAUUAAUGGCAGACUUAUUACAGUGGUUUGGUCCAGAAACAAGGAAUAUUGAAGCAACUAGAGACUAGCAUCAGCAGGAAGCCAUUACCGUUCUAAGUCCUAAAGGGGCAAAGGAUGGAAACAGGUGUUACCAGAGCCCAAUGAGAGCUGCCCUCAUGAAGGAGGGACCACCUCGUACGAAACAUAGUCACUACCAGAAUUGUGGCACCAAAUUGCUGGUGCCUCCCUUUGGAGAACGCAACCAGAUGCCAUCCACAGGUGAGCCCAGGUGGGCACAGCGAAGGCCUGGGUGGAGCCGAUGGAGAAUAAGCAGCACAGUGUUUUUAUUCCUGUGUUAAAGGCUCAGUAUUAGAAAUAAAGUUAUUCCACUGGUUGAAAGU